AAAACGGUCACACACCUGCCUCAGCACACGAGUUAAAAAAAAAAAAACGCCAUCCAAAAUGAGUAAAUACAACUCAAAGUACCUCGAGGAGAAGCUCAAAAGGGAACUGCAAGCGGAGUACGUGAGUGUGACAGACGAAUCGGAUGGUUGUGGUGGCAAAUUCAGUGCCGUAAUCGUGACACCGGCCUUCAACGGCAAGACCCUGUUGCAAAAACAUAGAUUAGUCAAUUCGACGCUCGCAGAAGAACUGAAAGAAAUCCAUGCAUUCUCCCAGAAAUCGUACACGCCCGAAGAGUGGGAGAAAGUGAAAGCCCAAUAG